AUGGUUCAAACUUGUCUCAUCCUUUUCGUAUUUUCUCUUUCUUUCGUUUCUGCUCAAUAUCUAAACCUGAACCUCCACAGACAUCAAAGCUGUGCUUGGAGAAAAAGCUCUCACUGGAAUCGCAAAAUCGAAUUCCAAGGUGGUCAUUCGGACAGCGGAGCACUUCUCAAGUCAACAGAACAAAAGGGAUGCUAUGCAAUUAGUGGAAAAGUAAAAAUUCAUGAAGACGUGAGCGACGAGCUGUUGAUAUAUUUGUCUGUCUCCACCACCGGUGACACCCAGAGACCACCAGAAGUGUGCAGGGAUGCGAACCCGGAGACUGGAUGUGGAGGAGUUGGAUCAUGCCUUUAUUGCCGCCCAUGCGACUCUCUUGACUCGCUGACCAAAAUUCUUGGCGCUCAACUUGUUGUUAACGGAAAACCAGCCGGAUGCGAACCAUUGAAAAAAGGAGAAUACGACAAUGUGGAACUCCGCUUCUGCCUUCCAAAACUUGCCGCUCUUUUGGAAUGGCAGGGGAUAUCUGAAGAUGCGUUGGAUCAUAUUUUGGCAGCGACCACUCAGGAAGGAAACGGACCACCAAAGCUCAGUCUUUUUGUUACCGUAUACUUGUUCGACAAGGAUAUCAAACCACUUCUGGUCUCUCAACGAAAACUUGAGUCACGCAUCCGGGAGUUACGCAAGCUGAGCAACGACGAGCAGGUGGAUUCUCAAACGUACUGGAACUUGCCCUUCAACCAAAUCAUCAAGAAGCAAUCAGUAUUUGUCGGAUGCCACAAACUGUACGGAACCAUUAGUUUGAGUGACAUUCAAGCCAAGAGAAAGUAG